GCAGGGAGUGUGGUUGGCGCCGCGAUGGUGGAGGCCCACGGGUUGAGAGACUGAACUCGGAGCAGAAACUUGAGGGGGAGGCGAGGAAGGACUCUCGGGGGUCUAUGAUGGCCGCUCUCGACCGUCCUUGGGACCUCUCCCGUACCCUUUCCCCGGGUCUGUGAGGCGUUGGCUUGGUGCCCAUCAGUGCCUGGCGACCGUAGGACAACCGGCUUCCCGUCUCCGUGCUCCUUCCGUGCUACGCCGCGUCCAGCGCUGGGCCGGCGUCUUGUGGAUGAGCCGUCGCGAGCGACUGGGGCGGCCUGCGGGUCUCAGGAUGCCAAAGGGGCCCGUUGAAGUUCAGUGUAAUGCCUUCCUCGGUCUUGGAAACUGGCCGGGCUUGUUGGGUGGAAAGAAGCUCCGUCUCAACAGUAUUAAGAAAUUAUCAACAAUUGCUCUAGCACUUGGAGUAGAAAGGACCCGAACUGAACUGCUGCCAUUCCUUACAGAUACAAUUUAUGAUGAAGAUGAGGUACUGUUAGCUCUUGCUGAGCAGCUGGGAAAUUUUACUGGCCUAGUGGGAGGUCCUGACUUUGCGCAUUGUCUGCUGCCUCCUUUGGAAAGUCUGGCGACUGUGGAAGAGACUGUUGUUCGAGACAAGGCUGUGGAGUCCCUGAGGCAGAUCUCCCAGGAGCAUACUCCUGUUGCUCUGGAAGCUCAUUUUGUACCUCUGGUGAAACGCCUAGCAAGUGGGGAUUGGUUUACUUCUCGAACAUCUGCUUGUGGUUUGUUCAGCGUUUGCUAUCCCAGGGCUUCAAAUGUUGUCAAGGCGGAAAUUAGACAGCACUUCCGUUCCUUGUGCUCAGAUGACACACCAAUGGUACGACGAGCUGCUGCUUCCAAAUUGGGUGAAUUUGCAAACGUUUUGGAAUUAGACAGUGUGAAAACUGAAAUUGUUCCAUUGUUCACUAAUCUAGCUUCAGAUGAACAGGAUUCAGUGCGCCUCCUCGCUGUGGAAGCUUGUGUUAGUAUUGCCCAGUUAUUGUCUCAGGAUGACCUUGAGGCCUUGGUAAUGCCUACACUUCGACAAGCAGCAGAAGAUAAAUCCUGGCGAGUGCGCUAUAUGGUAGCUGACAAAUUUUCAGAGCUCCAGAAAGCAGUGGGUCCCAAAAUCACCUUAAAUGACCUCAUCCCCGCCUUUCAGAACCUACUUAAAGACUGUGAAGCUGAAGUCCGAGCAGCUGCUGCCCACAAAGUAAAAGAACUUUGUGAGAACUUGCCCAUUGAAGGUAGAGAGACCAUAAUUAUGAAUCAAGUUCUACCCUAUAUAAAGGAAUUAGUAUCUGAUACCAAUCAACAUGUCAAAUCAGCUCUAGCUUCUGUAAUUAUGGGAUUGUCUACCAUUUUGGGCAAAGAAAAUACAAUUGAACAUCUUCUACCUCUUUUUUUAGCUCAGUUAAAGGAUGAGUGUCCUGAAGUUCGUUUGAAUAUCAUCUCCAAUUUGGAUUGUGUAAAUGAAGUGAUUGGAAUCCGUCAGCUCUCUCAGUCUCUCCUUCCUGCCAUAGUGGAACUGGCUGAAGAUGCCAAGUGGCGGGUCCGGUUGGCCAUCAUUGAGUAUAUGCCACUGCUGGCAGGCCAGCUGGGUGUGGAAUUUUUUGAUGAGAAGCUGAAUUCUUUAUGUAUGGCCUGGCUUGUGGAUCAUGUAUAUGCCAUUCGAGAAGCUGCUACCAACAACCUCAUGAAAUUAGUUCAGAAGUUUGGUACAGAAUGGGCCCAAAAUACCAUCGUUCCUAAAGUGUUAGUAAUGGCGAAUGAUCCUAAUUACUUGCAUAGAAUGACCACUUUAUUCUGCAUUAAUGCACUGUCUGAAGCAUGUGGUCAGGAAAUAACCACUAAGCAAAUGCUGCCCAUUGUAUUAAAAAUGGCAGGAGAUCAAGUAGCAAAUGUUCGUUUCAAUGUGGCCAAAUCGCUACAAAAAAUUGGACCAAUUCUUGAUACCAAUGCUUUGCAGGGAGAAGUUAAGCCAGUAUUACAGAAGUUAGGUCAGGAUGAAGACAUGGAUGUCAAAUAUUUUGCACAGGAAGCUAUAAGUGUUCUUGCAUUGGCAUAAUGAGGAACAGGAGGGAAAAGCCUUUACUAAAUUCUUAUCACAUAUUUCUAGUCAAUGUGUCCUUAAACUGGGUGGAGAAAAAAAUGGAAAACCUUCAAGAUCUCAUCCAAGCAAAUGGCAGCAACUUAGAAGAAAUCAAAUUUCAGUGACUUUUUUGUAAAGAUGAAUGGGAUUGUUUUUUCACUCAUCUCUUUGUUGAGAUAAUUAAUUAAGCCAUUCUUAUUGACCAAUUCCUGAUACUCUAUAUAUAGUCAUCUCUUGAUUGUCUACUGUUGUUGUGUCCCUGUCUCCCCCCUCCCCCCAAAUCUGGGCUUCUGCAUCUCAUGUUGAACCAGGCCCCAGCCACUUUAAAUAUUCUGGAAAAAGGCUGGAUGGGUUUGGAUUCAGACAUGAAGUGGAGUGAUUCUUUUAGUGUUUACAUAUAUGUGUAUACCCUCCACCUUUCUAAGUUAAAUGUACAUGGUUUAGAAUAAUUUACAAACUCUAUAUUGGGAGAUAGAUUGAAAUUUGAAUGUAGUAAAAGCCACAUUUUCCUAGAUUAUGAUGGUCUGCAUCAAUGUCUUAUAUGAAAGGGGAAUGUGGAGGCUCAGGGUUAAUGUAUUUGGUUGUUUUGAUUUUUAUUUCCUUGAUUUUGACUGUAAUCAUGUCAUUUAGAAACCUAGUGUGGAUGUAUCUUGCUGCUAACGUGAUGUUGAAACUUAACAAUUUCAACAGCUCACCACUGUGACUGCCUUGAAAGAUUUUUCUCUUUCCUGAGAAACUAACUUUAGUGCCUACUAAUAAGCAGUAGUUCUACUGUUUGAUUUUAAGAUUACAGUUUUGUCUUUCAAAUUAGUGUAGGAACCACUACUAUGAUACUGUGUGGAUUUCCUGCUCUUUACCUGGUUCUGCUUCCAGCAGUAUUAGCAUCCCAUUCUUUGUCUAUAGUAGCUUUCCAAACUGAAGUUUCAUUGCUAAUUAUUUUGGUGUGGGUGAUGCUAGAAUCUUUUUGAAAUGUUUGUUUUUCUACUUUUACAGUACAGCCUUAUUAAUUCAUUCUAGAGUUGAAGAUAAUGGGUUAAGCUGAAGAAGUAGUUGCUGAACAAAUUCAUAGUAUGGAAGGAAACCUGUUUGAACUACUUAAACAGUUUUAAAGCUCUCUUUAGAAAACACCCAUUUACCAAUUGACAUGCCAGUUACCAAUCAGUCACUCUUUUCAGUUAUAUCACAAACCUUCCAUAGGAUCUCUGAUAGGUCACACACAGAUAAAUUCAGUAUACUUUUUGUCCUUGAAAUAUAUACAUUUAUGUUUCAUGGAGAAUUUAAAUAUUUUUCUAGUAAAUUUAUUUACAUUUUUCACCUAAUCAAACUUACUUUGUCUCUAAUAAGUUUUAGUUACUGAGGUUUUACUGUAACAUUUUUCUCUGAGUGCAUCUUGCUAUAGUAGUUUGGUAUUUCUAGUUUUGCUUUUUGAAUUGUUGAUUUCAUUCACAAGCUCUUUUAAAUCUUGUGAGCCCUUUCUGUUUUGUGAAGACCCAAGAACUAUAAAAUUUUGUACUUUAUAACUAUUACAUGAAACCAAUUUUGACUAUUUUCAAAUUAUCUUACCUUAGGAAAACAGAACAAAAUUUAUAUCAGAAAUUAUCUGUCUGCAUUUUAUACUGCCAAGUGAUCUUGUAACGAGAUUCCAUUUUAUGUGUUCUUGUGUCAUGGAUUAAAUAUUUUCCUAAGCAAAAAUGUUUUUCUGCAUUCACAUUUUAAUAUUGUAAACUGUUACGUUAUAAACAUUUUAAUUUUAGUUUCAUGGAUCUUAUUUGUUUUAUUACCUACAGGUUAUGUUCCUCUUUAUUUAAUUCCACACAUGAUUCUUGAAACAAACUUGCACUGAAACCAUUCUCUGCUUUACUCUUUGGUUGGAAAUGCCUUUGGUUUGGGGUAGACUUUUAAAAUGACCUUGUGGCUCCCUCUGGAGAGCCCUGGGCAUAAUCUUUCUGCUCUACACCUUGAGUUCUUACUUUCUGAAAUGUGGGCCGUGGAGCAAAACAGAGUCUCUCUUUUUAGGUGGUCCCUUAGGGACUUCAUUGUUUCUUUUUGACUUAAACAAUAGGAAAUCCGUUGGAAUUUAAAAGAAUUUAUUCUUUAGAAUAAUUGUUCUUUGGCCAAUAACUUGGUCAUUUUCUCCACGGAUUAACUUUUUUUUUUUUUUUUUCAAUGUUGACCAGAUUGCUCUUAAACUCCUGGACUCAAGGGAUUCUUCCUUCUCAGCCUCCCAAGUGCUGGAACUACAGGUGUGUUCCAUUGCACCCAGACAGGAUUAGUUUUCCCAUCUUGAUUUCACUGGAAUGUAAAGUCUAGGAGCUCUAUGAGGACAGGGUUUUUGUCUGUUUUGUCUUCUAUUAUCACCAGUGACUGGAUCAGUGUCUGGUCUAUAUAGUGGGUGCUCAAUAAAAAUGUGUUCAAUGAAUCAA